UCCUAGAUUGACAUAUUUACAAUUGUGAAUAUAACGCCAUACUGGCCCGAGUCCCACUCAAUUGCUUUGAACUGAGUUUAUCCCAUUUGUGUCUCUUUAGCAUGUCCACACUGUAGUGUCUAGACUCCGUAAGGUGCGUCUCACAAACACUAAAAAGAUGAGUCGCCUUCUGAACGUCUUGAGGAGCUGGUUGGUGAUGGUGUCCGUCAUCGCGAUGGGAAACACUGUGCAGAGUUUCAGAGAUCACAGCUUUCUGUCAGAGAAGCUCUACACAGGCACACCUGAGUUUGUAAAUGGUCUCCAAGCUCGAACGUUUGGUAUUUGGACGCUGCUGUCAUCGAUCAUACGCUGCGCCUGUGCCAUCGAUAUCCAGAACAGAACGCUGUAUCACAUCACUUUAUGGACGUUUGUGCUGGCGUUGGGCCACUUCCUGUCUGAAGCAUUCAUCUACAAAACUGCCCCUCUGACGAUAGGGGUCAUGGCGCCUCUCAUUGUGGCAAGCUUCUCCAUCAUAGGAAUGCUGAUUGGAUACCAGUGUUUACCAGAGUCAGAAGAGGAAGUCGGGACAAGACAGAAGAAGCGUAACUGAAUGAAGCUCUGGCCAAUUGAACAUACCUCUACAACGACCACCAGAGACUGACGCUCUGGUCCCAUCGUCCCACUGCUUUCUGCCUUGAAGAACAUCAGAUGUGGAUUUAAAAAGACUCUCAAGACCCAUAACGAUCUGAAGAUUUGAUACCUCUCUAUCUGAGCUGUAUCCAACGUUUUUUAAAUUGAGUUUGUACUGCUGCGGUCAAAUGAAGUUUGACUAAAUCUCACGGCACACUACAGUAAAUAACAUUUGCCUAUAUUGUUUAUAAAGUUCUGAAUUGUAAGUGUUAAAUGAAACUCAUCCUUGUCUGUGCAUCCAGUGUCUGUGCUCAUGAAUAUACCAUUUUUGUUUUUAAACUUUGAAACUUGUGGUUAAGACUUUGGUGUUGCUGAGUGUUGUAUUUAAACAGAAACAAACUUCCUCUACUUUAUUUUUAUUCAUGAUUUUUUUAAGAACUCAGACAUCUUUACAGUAUAAAACUACGCUCUUCAUUACAAAGACACACAAACACAUCAGUCAGCUGUUAUUCUUCAUGUUUGAUCUGUGCUGGGGAAAGUGUGUACACCCUUUGAAAUGAUGCACAAUUGUCCUAUAAAAAAUUUAAACUGAUGA